CUAGUUGGAGGAUAGACAUAAAACUUGAGUUCUGGAGGGCUUUGGGUUCAAUUUUGUGUUAAGAAGUUUGAUUAUUUUGGAGGAGAAUUAAGGACUCUGAUGGCUGGGAUUUGGAUGAAACAGUGGGAUGUGAGGUUGAUGGGAGCAGUCUUGAUGGGUUUUCUUCUUGUUGCUCAAAUGCUUGUUAUGGCAGAAGCAAAUUUGAUACAACAAGUUUCAAGGUACAACCAGACUCAGGAAGUUGUUGAAUAUGAUUCUCUUGUGAGAUCUUUGAAUUUCUGGUGGCAAAAAGGUCGGCUGGGUUAUGAACGUGUCUGGCCUACAAUGAAAUUUGGAUGGAGAAUUAUAGUGGGUACAAUAAUUGGAUUCUUUGGAGCAGCUUUUGGAACUGUAGGAGGAGUUGGUGGGGGUGGCAUUUUUGUACCUAUGCUUACCUUGAUUAUUGGAUUUGAUGCAAAAUCAUCAACUGCAAUUUCAAAAUGUAUGAUCACCGGAGGAGCAGCUGCAACAAUCGUCUACAAUUUAAAGAUGAGGCAUCCAACACUUGAAAUGCCAAUCAUAGACUAUGAUCUAGCACUUCUAUUUCAACCAGUGUUGGUGUUGGGAAUCAGCAUUGGAGUUGCAUUGAAUGUGGUACUUGCUGACUGGAUGAUUACAGUUUUGUUAAUCAUCAUCUUCUUAGUCAUGUCAAGUAAGGCAUUCCUCAAGGGUGUUGAAACAUGGAAAAAGGAAACCAUAAUGAAAAAGGAGGCUGCAAGACGGUUAGAGCUAAAUGAUGAUGCUAGUGGUGAAGCAGAAUACAGACCUCUGUCUGGAGGCCCGACCAGUGGUACUCAACCAGAAACCAAGCAAUCUGAGCCGUCAGAGGUCUCUAUUAUUGACAAUGUUAACUGGAAGGCACUUGGAGUUCUUGUUGCCGUUUGGAGUAUAAUCCUUGGAUUGGAGAUUGCUAAGAAUUACUCUACGACCUGUUCGGUUGCAUACUGGGCUUUAAAUCUAUUGCAGAUCCCGGUUGCUCUUUCAGUAUCAUCAUAUGAGGCCAUUGGCCUGUACAAAGGAUGGACAAAGAUAGAAUCAAAGGGGGACGAAGGCACAAACUGGAAAGUUCACCAGCUUAUUCUUUAUUGUGCUUGUGGUGUUUUAGCUGGUGUAGUUGGUGGGUUGCUUGGUCUUGGAGGAGGAUUUAUCUUAGGACCACUUUUUCUGGAAUUGGGAAUCCCUCCACAGGUGUCAAGUGCCACAGCCACCUUUGCCAUGACAUUUUCAGCAUCAAUGUCUGUUGUAGAGUAUUACCUGCUAAAUAGAUUUCCAGUUCCUUAUGCUCUCUACUUUGUUGCUGUGGCCACAAUUGCUGCAUUGGUAGGGCAACAUUUGGUGAGAAAACUAAUCAAGGUACUAGGGAGAGCAUCUAUAAUCAUAUUCAUUCUGUCCUUCACCAUCUUUGUGAGCGCGAUAUCACUAGGUGGAGUUGGCAUUGCAGACAUGAUUGAAAAGAUUAAGAACAACGAAUACAUGGGAUUCGAGGACCUUUGCUCAGCUGAUGCUUAGUUUCUAAAAAUGUCUUAAUAAAGCUGUAACAGUUGAAAUCCUCGGAAUUGCUUGCAAGGUCCACUUCCUGGCCCCAUUUUUUGUACUUCUAUUUUUUAGUCUGUAUUUCACAGCCUAAACUAUAAAAUAUCAAUUAUUGAAUAAAGGCAUCUUCUCAUACCAUCAGAUGCCUUUCUUAAUUUAAUAACUAAUAUUUUGUAAU